GUUGCGGCAGAGACCCCGUGCGUAGCGUUAAAUGAGGCUCCAGCCAGGUGUGAGGAGACUCCCAGAGAUGAGGAGGAGUCGGGGCCGCGAGUGAUCCCAACCCUGCCAGGCCUUUGCCCCGCCCCCACCCCGAGCCCCUCCCACCAGAAGGAGCACACAGAAGACCAGCGACUACAGUUGCUGGUGAGAACAGAUACAGUAAUAUCACAUUAUAGUCCCACUCACCUCAUACAGUAUACGACCCCCGUCAUGGCUAGCUAUACUGACACACACCUCUUGUUGGAGACUGGACUGAAAUGGCAUCACUAAUUGGACUAGUGCGGUCAGUAAGCCUACUGCUGAAUAUUGAAAGCUGGCUAAAGCAGUUAUGAUGUAAUGGUUGCUUGUGGGUCUGAAGGAUGGCUUUAUCGAUGCAUUAAGAUAAACCCAAGUAUUAAUGCUAAUGCUAUGGACAGACAAUGGUGAGAAACAAAUCAGGUCACAGGUCAAGCGCUUAAUUGUCAAUAUUGCCUUCCUGCAGCUGUGUCUGUCACUGUAGAGGACGAUUCCACACUGCUCACCAUUAAGCUCUUGCAUCCAGUCAGUCGAUUAGACUGAGUCAACUGUCCUACAGUAAUAAUCAUACUGCUUGAUUAUUUGGCUCUAUGUCGCGAUGGACGCAGAAAUAAGCAGAUUUCUCUGUUUUGUUGCUGGGAGAUGGGGGCGGGGGGCGGGGCCUAACUGACUAUGCAAGUAAGCUGCAUUUAGAAUAAAAUAAGAAUGCUAAGCUUGGUAAAACCUCGUUACCAUGUCAGAGGUCAAUAUGGAAUUAAGGACUUACAUUUGAUGUUGGAUCCGAAACAGAUUGAUCGUGAUUCGUGCAGACACUUUUUUGGCAAACACAAACAUGAUAUGAUAAUAUGCUUUGUCAUCUGAUACACAGGACAGGACAUGGUAUCAUAGGCAUGCAUGGUACUCUAGCUGGAGAGGCCUCUGAUUGUCUUUUCUCACAGAACAGUGUACAUCAAAUAGGCCUUUCGAAUUUAACGAAACAACACAAACGAUCACAACAACACUAAAAGUUCCUAUUUCAACUACAGCGUUCAUAUGUCAGUGGGGCAGAUAUGGAGCAGAUGUGGGGUAUGGAGUCGGAUAAGGAUGUUUCUGAUGUGUAGGUCAAGUCACUGUAACGUGACAUGCUCAGGCUUUGUGGUGGUGUUUUGUUUCAGGAACGUGACAUGCUCUUUGUGGUGGCGUUUUGUUUCAGGAACGUGACAUGCUCUUUGUGGUGGCGUUUUGUUUCAGGAACGUAACAUGCUCUUUGUGGUGGCGUUUUGUUUCAUGAACGUGACAUGCUCUUUGUGGUGGCGUUUUGUUUCAUGAACGUGACAUGCUCUUUGUGGUGGCGUUUUGUUUCAGGAACGUGACAUGCUCUUUGUGGUGGCGUUUUGUUUCAGGAACGUGACAUGCUCUUUGUGGUGGCGUUUUGUUUCAGGAACGUGACAUGCUCUUUGUGGUGGCGUUUUGUUUUAGGAACGUGACAUUCUCUUUGUGGUGGCGUUUUGUUUCAGGAACGUGACAUGCUCUUUGUGGUGGCGUUUUGUUUCAGGAACGUGACAUUCUCUUUGUGGUGGCGUUUUGUUUCAGGAACGUGACAUGCUCUUUGUGGUGGCGUUUGUUUCAGGAACGUGACAUGCUCUUUGUGGUGGCGUUUUGUUUCAGGAACGUGACAUGCUCUUUGUGGUGGCGUUUUGUUUCAGGAACGUGACAUGCUCUUUGUGGUGGCGUUUUGUUUCAGGAACGUGACAUGCUCUUUGUGGUGGCGCUUUGUUUCAGGAACGUGACAUGCUCUUUGUGGUGGCGUUUUGUUUCAGGAACGUGACAUGCUCUUUGUGGUGGCGUUUUGUUUCAGGAACGUGACAUGCUCUUUGUGGUGGCGUUUUGUUUCAGGAAUGUGACAUGCUCUUUGUGGUGGCAGUUUGUUUCAGGAACGUGACAUGCUCUUUGUGGUGGCGUUUUGUUUCAGGAACGUGACAUGCUCUUUGUGGUGGCGUUUUGUUUCAGGAACGUGACAUGCUCUUUGUGGUGGCGUUUUGUUUCAGGAACGUGACAUGCUCUUUGUGGUGGCGUUUUGUUUCAGGAACGUGACAUGCUCUUUGUGGUGGCGUUUUGUUUCAGGAACGUGACAUGCUCUUUGUGGUGGCGUUUUGUUUCAGGAACGUGACAUGCUCUUUGUGGUGGCGUUUUGUUUCAGGAACGUGACAUGCUCUUUGUGGUGGCGUUUUGUUUCAGGAACGUGACAUGCUCUUUGUGGUGGCGUUUUGUUUCAGGAACGUGACAUGCUCUUUGUGGUGGCGCUUUGUUUCAGGAACGUGACAUGCUCUUUGUGGUGGCGUUUUGUUUCAGGAACGUGACAUGCUCUUUGUGGUGGCGUUUUGUUUCAGGAACGUGACAUGCUCUUUGUGGUGGCGUUUUGUUUCAGGAACGUGACAUGCUCUUUGUGGUGGCGUUUUGUUUCAGGAACGUGACAUGCUCUUUGUGGUGGCGUUUUGUUUCAGGAACGUGACAUGCUCUUUGUGGUGGCAGUUUGUUUCAGGAACGUGACAUGCUCUUUGUGGUGGCGUUUUGUUUCAGGAACGUGACAUGCUCUUUGUGGUGGCGUUUUGUUUUAGGAACGUGACAUUCUCUUUGUGGUGGCGUUUUGUUUCAGGAACGUGACAUGCUCUUUGUGGUGGCGUUUUGUUUCAGGAACGUGACAUUCUCUUUGUGGUGGCGUUUUGUUUCAGGAACGUGACAUGCUCUUUGUGGUGGCGUUUUGUUUCAGGAAUGUGACAUGCUCUUUGUGGUGGCGUUUUGUUUCAGGAACGUGACAUGCUCUUUGUGGUGGCGUUUUGUUUCAGGAACGUGACAUGCUCUUUGUGGUGGCGUUUUGUUUCAGGAACGUGACAUGCUCUUUGUGGUGGCGUUUUGUUUCAGGAACGUGACAUGCUCUUUGUGGUGGCGUUUUGUUUCAGGAACGUGACAUGCUCUUUGUGGUGGCGUUUUGUUUCAGGAACGUGACAUGCUCUUUGUGGUGGCGUUUUGUUUCAGGAACGUGACAUGCUCUUUGUGGUGGCGUUUUGUUUCAGGAACGUGACAUGCUCUUUGUGGUGGCGUUUUGUUUCAGGAACGUGACAUGCUCUUUGUGGUGGCGUUUUGUUUCAGGAACGUGACAUGCUCUUUGUGGUGGCGUUUUUGUUUCAGGAACGUGACAUGCUCUUUGUGGUGGCGUUUUGUUUCAGGAACGUGACAUGCUCUUUGUGGUGGCGUUUUGUUUCAGGAACGUGACAUGCUCUUUGUGGUGGCGUUUUGUUUCAGGAACGUGAGCUGAGUAAUAAGAGAAAAGAAUGUGAAAACCUGGAGCAUGAAGUAAGGAAGAGACAGAAGGGAUGUCUGGAUUUG